AUGAACUUCCAAUAUAGAAGGCAUUCGAUAAAAUUAAAACCAACUAGUUGGUUAUUAUCUUUUAUCUCAAUUACAAUUUUAACUUCUGUUGUAAAAGGUUUAAAUUCACAUACUGCUGAAUGGGCUAAUAAGAAUAAUCAACAUGUUUAUUCCGAUUUAACGAAAACAAUACGUGAAUUCUUAUCUAUCAAAGAUGGCGAUGAUACCGAUAAACGUUUUCAAUCACCAGUUGACAAUGAUGAUCAAGACCAACUGUUAUUUAAAGAUUAUCGUUUGAUAAAUUCUCAAUAUCUUAUUUCACCAUUUCAAAUAACCACUCCUGAUGAAGGAUAUGCUGAUGGCAGUGGCAUUACUACAGAAGAAACCAAAUCUAGUUCCACAUCAUCCACUAUAACACUUACCCACAGCUCGACUUCAUCCUCUAGCACUACUGAACAAAUAACGAAUGAAAUUUCAUCCUCAACAACAAUAACAACAUCAACAACAACAACACGAACAACAACGAUAACAACAACAACAAUAACAACAACAUCAACAACAACAACAUCAAAAAGUCCACAACCAUCAUUAUCAUCGACAAAUUGGACAAUUAUUGUUGCUGUUAUAAGUGCUAUAUUAGUCUUCAUCUAA